GUUAACCUAACAUUCUUUUUCUUCUCCUUCUUCAGAGUGCGCGUGGAGAAGGAGGGUGGCGCGUGGUGUCCCCGAAGCCAAGUCGCGGCCAAUUCCCGUGAGUACUUGGAGGUCGAUCUCGGCAAAGUCCACGUGGUGACGGCCUCGGGGACUCAGGGGCGCUUCGGCAACGGCAAGGGGCUGGAAUACACGGAGACUUACAUGCUGGAGUACUGGCGCCCCGGCCUUGCCUCCUUCAGGGUGUACACGAGCGGCAGCGGGAACAAGACGUUCACGGGUAACAUCAACACGUAUUUGGAGCAGAGGAACGUGUUGCUUCCUCCCCUCAUGGCCAGCAAAGUGCGCUUCAUACCUGUCUCCUCUCACCCUCGCACCGUCUGCCUCCGUGUCGAGCUCUACGGCUGCCCGAAUACAGGUGAGGAAUGAGAGGAAAAGGUAUAGAAAAACGGAAGGAGAACUAGUAAAGAAAAUGAUAAAAAAACAAGCCUAAGAAAAUAAAGAAAAACAAAAGGAGAUCUAGUAAAGAAAAUGAUAAAAGAAGAGGAUGAAGAUUAGCUGAUGGAAGAAAGAGGGUUGUUAGGCUUCUG